GUAAACGGACAGCUAGAGUUCAUCUGAAAAGAAGUGUAAUUCUAUUCGGACGUAGUCUUUAAAAAAAAAAUGAAGGUGCCAGAGGCGGAAUUAAUGAGCGACAUUCUGAAGAGGCUGACGGGAGAGUCUGCUCUGCCGCUGUACUGCUGCAUCGAGAAGUACAAGCGCGAGAGGAACGGCCUCUACUUUGUCGCCGAGGAUUUCACUGAAACCGUCAAAAAAAGAGAAAUGGUCAACGCCAAGGAAAGACUGAGAAUAAGGAACUUGAACACAAUGUUCUCCCGACUGAAGCGCAUGCUGCCUCUAAUGCAACCAGACAAAAAGCCAAGUAAAGUUGAUACACUCAAAGCAGCCACUGAAUACAUUCGACUUCUUCUUGCUGUUUUGCGGGACACUGAAAAUAACAACACUGGGACGGAUUUUCUAAAGAAUGCAAUCACUUAUGGUCAGCAGGAUGGCUUCGCUAAUGACCUCUGGAGAAUGGACGAUUUCUUGAACCUGUCAGAUGAUCACAUGGAGGAUGGGUUCACCAUGCCAGCAGAACCUGCAGCAGAGGAUGGAGACAUGACUAGACUGGUGUUGCAGCAUUGUGUGAUGCCUGCAUACCAGUUCAUCAUCCAAGUAGCGCCCGAUCAAGCUUCGAGGGAUUAAUUAGCCACCGCCUCCCGACUGCACAUCCCAACCACUGACCCGAUGUCCUUGCUAUCUUGGACAUUGAUGACUUGCACUCUUUUUCCUUGACACUUAUUAUAAAAUGGCUUGAUUUAAAACCUAACCUUUAAUUUUUUUUUUCAUUAUUUAGUUGUACAUACAUUGGAAGUUGAUGCAUCUAGUAAACAUACCUAAAAAGAACUGCUGCUCUAAGAGUUCUCAUUUUGCUUUCAGCUGUACUCUAUUUGAGGAAAUGACUUAAUUUAUGUAUUUUUCUUGUAAUUGUAAUCAUAAAGCCCCAAUGAAAAAGAUGCAAAUUUGUGACAAUUUGUUGAGGUCAAUGUGAUCUAAGUUGUCAAUAUGAAUUAUCUGUUUGAAAACUUGAAUCUAAUUUAAAUUCAGAAAUGUCUAAAUGUGUUUAGUUAAUGAUCAAAUAAACAAGCUUUAAG